AAAUCUAUAAUAAAGAUGCAAAGAUCCUAAAGCGAAAGCGAUCGAGUGAAAAAUGAACAUUUCAUUCUAGAUAUAUCGGGUAUCUACUGCGUGGAAUUCAAAACCAAAAAAAGACUUGAAAUUGGAUAUUUCCUCUAGAGUGAAAAAAGGGCGAGAGCACCACAGAAGCUCUGGUUUGAUGAACAAAAUACAACGGUGAUGACAGUUUAUCUUAAUUAAAUUCCAAACGCAGCACAGCAACAGCAAUAACAACAAGCAAAAACCAUAAAUUAAGCAAUGACAAUAGCAACCUGAGUGCUAACCAUAUUCAAUCGAUUAAUUUAAUUUUCACAAAAUUCAUAACAUAUGGAUAUAGUCGUACAGGGCAUUCACUUCAUUUUGUGCACACAGCUCUGGUUGACCGAUGUAAAAAAACACAAUAGCCGAAAUAAUUUCACACUAGACAAUUACAAUUGUAGAUGCGAUAUGUGUUUAUCUUACACGCUUGCACAAACAUGCCGUUUUUUUCUUCAAAUCUGCAAAUAUUGAAACAAUUGCAAGAGACAGAGAGACAACCUGAAUCCAAAUGAAAAAUAUACCCCACAAAUUCUGAAUGUCAUAUCUCCAGUAUUUACGCCACCAUAACCGUGUGUAAAUACAAUUCGCGUGCAACAUUUUCAAAGCGCCUUUGAUUCUCGUGCUCAACAUCAAGGCAUGACAUUCAAAUCGGCUAUACAUGACAGGGCUUCGGAUUUAAACACGAAAUGCGAAGUUCACAUUGAAAUAUGUGCGAUAUGUACAUGUGUGUGUAUGUGUGACUGUUUCGAUGUGCAUGAUGACGACAACAGAAGCGACAACCGCGGCCAAACAACACACGACGUACAUGAGUACACACCGAUUUCAAUUGUGAUCCAGUAUCUUUCGCGAUUUUGGCAAAUAAACAGCACGAAUACCAUUCACACCGCGUUCACAAUUCAAAAAUCAAAAACCAAAUAUUUUAAUUAACUGCGGCGAGAAUUGUGUGUGUCAGCCGAGUACAGUGUAAUUUAUCAUCAAGUGAACAUACGCACACACAAAAACAAAUAAAUAAAUGCAAAUUAUUCCAACAAAAAAAAAUAUAUGAACCAUUUGAAAUAGCAACAAAACGUCUUCUACGUCAAUUCUUCUGCAUAGCAAAUCGUAUUUCAAUUCAAACAAUUUAAAUUCACAUAAAAAAUUAUUAUAAUAAUAAUACAGUUAUAAACAAUUCAAUCCCAACAACUAUAUCAUUACGUUGAACGCACGAUAUUGAAAUAAAAGACAAAUAAAAAAAAACAACCAAUAAAGAGAAUAAACAACAAAGAAGAAAAUUUUAACAAAUCUAAGAAAGCCAAUUGUCAGACGUACAAUAUAAAAGCCAAAAAAAAAGAGAAAAGAAAAACAAGAACUAAUUUUAAAAUUAUAUUAUGGCCGAAGCUAAUUAUCAGGAUGAAGAGCAAAAAUCUGUUUGUCAGCACAGAUGUUCGUUGCCAUCGCCCAUGUUGUCACGCAAUGACUUCAGCAUUUGGUCUGUUCUAAAAAAUUGUAUCGGUAAAGAAUUGAGCAAAAUCACAAUGCCUGUUGUAUUCAAUGAACCAUUAACCUUCCUUCAACGGAUGACCGAAUAUAUGGAAUAUGCGUCACUAUUGCGGCUGGCCUCCGAACAAGAUGACGCCAUUGAACGAAUGAAAUAUGUUGCUGGUUUUGCUGUAUCAGCAUUGGCAUCAAAUUGGGAACGCUUAGGCAAACCAUUUAAUCCUUUGUUGGGUGAAACAUACGAAUAUCAAAAUGAUGAUUUUCGAAUAAUAUGCGAACAAGUGUCACAUCAUCCUCCAGUUUCAGCAUUUCAUGCUGACGCACCACACUUUAAAUUCAGCGGUGCCAUUCAUCCGAAAUUGAAAUUCUGGGGAAAAAGUGUCGAAAUUCAACCAAAAGGCAUUGUCACCGUUGAAUUACCCAGAUGGAGAGAGGCCUACACAUGGUCGAAUGUAAACUGUUGUGUUCACAAUAUAAUCGUUGGUAAAAUGUGGAUUGAACAAUAUGGUACAAUGGAAAUAGUGAAUAAAACUUACGGAAUCAAAGCCGUGCUUACAUUUAAACCAGCCAGUUCGUCGUCAAAGGAUUUACAUCGAGUCGAAGGAACCAUUUAUGAUAGACAGGAAAGAGGAGUUCGUUUCAUUUAUGGUAAAUGGACUGAGUUCAUUAAAUGUACUGAUUAUGAUUCGUAUGAGGAAUACUUGAAGGAACAUUACAUGAAAUUCAAACGAACUGAACGUAGCAAAAGUCCAAAUGAAUCGCCAGCGCAUACACCACGCAAAGUUUUGUCGAAAUUGAACAGUUUGAAAAUGAGCUCAUUCAGAAGCCUAUCAAUACAAGAGCCGGAGGAAACACCCGAGCCAUCCAAUGGUGAUCUUCCAAAAUGUGAUUCACUUUAUUCAAUCGAUAUACCACAAUCAGAAACAAUUUGGGAGGCAAAACCACGGCCACCAAAUACAUCCGAAUAUUAUCAAUUCACGUAUUUUGCGAUGACAUUGAAUGAAAUGCCUGAUGUAAAGCCACCAAAUCGACUAUGCCCGACCGAUUCUCGACUGCGACCAGACGUCCGCAAACUUGAACUGGGUGAUGUCGAUGGUGCUGCAUUGGAGAAAACGCGCCUAGAAGAAAAACAACGAGACACAAAAAAGGCAAUGAAAGGAAGUAAAGGUUGGAGUCCAAGGUGGUUCAAAGCGGCAACUAAUCCGCAUACGAAUCUAACCGAUUGGAUGUACGCCGGUGAAUAUUGGAAUCGUAACUACGAUGAAGUAAAUAUUUUCUAAGCGAAUCCAAAAUCAAUAUUGCAACAGCAAUAAAAACAAACUCAAAUGCAAACACACAUUUUGAAGCAAAUGCUUUUAGGCAAAAAUUGUCAGUCAGCUCAAGCCAGGACACAUACUACCACCACAACAACAAUUCUGAAUUAGUAGCAACAGCCAUUCAAUGUGUGGGAAGAAGCAAAUAUUUUUUUUUAAAACAAUAAAUGUAUUCAAUAACACAUGUUCAAAUAUAUCAAGGAAAUGACCAUCGACAACAAAACAAGUUAAACAAGCCAUUAUAUUACCAUAUAACAAAAACAAAUUCUAUUUAUCUGCUCACAAAUACUUUUUGAAUGUAUAUUGUACGAACAUAUUUUGAUGGUUUAUUCGAAUUCUUAGAAUUUGUAAGUUUGUGCAUUGCCAAUGAAAAUAUUGAUACAAAAAUUAGAAGUGAAUUGAAUGAUUGCAAGCGUGAAUUUGAUACUAUAAAUCUAACUCUACAAAUGCAAUGACAAACACACACACACACACACACACAUUCCACUGAAGCUAAUUGCAAUAGUGCUCUACUUUUGUCAUCUGUGUAUUUGAUUUCGGUUUUGAAAGCAAAUUCGACAGCAAUUCUGUGUGAUGGAGUACAUUCCACCCACCGAUUCAAACACAAUGUAAACUCAAUCUAAAACAUUUCUUACCGACCGUUUUCUUUUGUGUCUUUAAAAAAACAACAACAAAUUACAAUUGAAUAUGGUAAUUUGUAGUUCCGCUUUAUGCACACGCCGUACUUUUCUACCUUCCCCCGCAAAAGUGAUGCAAUGCCUAAUGCGCUCAAAAUGUAUACACCUCAUUCCUGGCUUCUGUUCAAGGAUUCAUAAUCGAAUGACAAAAAUAAAAUUGUGCUAGAAUUUGUCGAUGAUGUGCCAAAUCCAAAGCUAAAUACAUCAACCAAGACAUCAACAUUUGUGAAAUUGUAAAUGAAAUCGGCCACACUUCCCACAAGAGCAAGGGAAAAGGUGCGGAAUAUAACAGCAACAAAAAAAAAAAAAAAACAAAAAAAACCAACGAAA